AAAAAAAAUAAAAAUAAAAAUAAAAAUUAAAAUAGCUCUAUAGUUAAUUAAUUUUAUGUAUUGUCGAUGCCCAUCUUACCACCUGCACAUAACAAGGUAUGCCCACCCCUAAAACAAUUUACACCAACACCAUUCAUCAAAAGUGAUACGGAGUUCUAAAAUUUAACCAUAUUAAUUAAAGGUAACACAAAUUAAAAAUUUCUUUUUUAAACUUUUAAUUAUUGUUGUUGAUUUAUUGAUUUAUAUAUAAGUAUAUAUAUUCUAAUUGCUUUCCACUUUUGGUUACGUUCUUGUUUCCUCUCAAUUAUAAAUUUAAUCCGUUUUCUAAAAUAUUCAUAAUCCUUAUUCAUAAAUCUUAAUAAUAGAUUACUACACAUAUACUUAAUAAAAUCGUAUAUAUCAUAGAUAAUAUCAUAUCAUAUAAUAUCAUAUCAUAUCAUAUCAAAUCAUACAUAAUACAUAUAUCACAUCAUGACUACCGGUACUAUUCCAUAUAAAAUCGAAAAACCUUUCAGAAUCGCCAUUAUUGGUUCUGGUAAUUGGGGAGAAAAACCUGAAAUAUUCGAAAAGAAUGUUCAAAUGUGGGUAUUUGAAGAAGAACUUGAUGGUAAAAAAUUAACUGAAAUUAUAAAUACUGAACAUGAAAAUGUUAAAUAUUUACAAGGUGUUAAAUUACCUGAAAAUUUAAUUGCUAAUCCUGAUUUAGUUUCAACCGUUAAAGAUGCUGAUUUAAUUGUCUUUAAUGUUCCUCAUCAAUUCUUACCAAAUAUUUGUAAACAAUUAGAUGGUCACGUUUCAAAAGACGUUAGAGCAAUCUCAUGUCUUAAAGGUUUACAUGUCGGAGCUCAUGGUUGUAAAUUAUUAUCUCAAUCCAUUACUGAUACUUUAGGAAUGUAUUGUGGUGUUUUAUCAGGGGCUAAUAUUGCUGAUGAAGUGGCCAGAGAAAGAUGGUCUGAAACUUCAAUUGCUUAUUUAAAACCAGCUGAUUUCAGAGGUGAAGGUAAAGAUAUCGAUAGUUUUAUCUUAAGACAAGCUUUCCAUAGACCUUAUUUCCAUGUCGCUGUCAUUAAAGAUGUGGUGGGUGCUUCUAUUGCUGGAGCUUUAAAAAAUGUCGUUGCUUGUGCCGUAGGUUUCGUUGAUGGUGCAGGUUGGGGUUCAAAUGCUCGUGCUGCAAUCAUGAGAAUUGGUAUUAAAGAAAUCAUUCAUUUUGCUUCUUAUUGGGAAAAAUUCGGUAUUAAAGGUGAAGCUCCUCCAAGACAUUCCACUUUUACUGAAGAAAGUGCUGGUGUGGCUGAUUUAAUCACCACUUGCUCCGGAGGUAGAAAUGCUAAAGUUGCCAGAUAUAUGAUAAAACAUAAUGUUGGUGCUUUUGAAGCUGAAAAAGUGUUAUUAAAUGGCCAAAGUUCUCAAGGUAUAUUAACUGCUAAAGAAGUGCAUAAAUUAUUAGUUCAUUUCGAUUUAGUUCAUGAAUUCCCAUUAUUCGAAGCUACUUAUCAAGUAAUCUAUGAAGGGGCCAGCGUUGAUGAUUUCCCUGCUUUAUUAUCAAAGAGUUAAAUCAAUCACUGGUGAUAUUUUAUCUUUUGUACAAUACAGUUUGUGUUCUUUUUCUCUCUUAAAAAUAGUCACUAUUUUUUUUUACUAAUUUAAUAAUUGUUACACUUACAAACUCUUUUAAGGUAUAUACUAAUAGAAAUACAUAAUUAAUAAAUUCAAAAUCAUUUAUUCAAAA